AUGUCCCUCAAUAUACUCGUUGUUGGAAAUGGUGGUAGAGAGCACGCCAUUGUUUGGAGACUAUUGCAGUCACCAACCGUUAAGCACAUCUUUGUUGCACCAGGAAACGGAGGAACAACCACCCAAUCAUCAAAAGUCACCAAUGUUCCAAUUGGCUCCUCGGAAAAAGAUUUUGUGCAAUUGCAAAAGUUUGCUUUGAAAAACGAUAUCAAUCUAGUGAUUCCCGGCCCCGAGCAACCUUUGGUUGAUGGAAUCACAUCGAUUUUCACUAAAGUAGGUAUCCCCGUGUUUGGACCAAGUGCCAAAGCCGCCGUCAUGGAAGGAUCAAAAGCUUUUUCAAAAGACUUUAUGAAGAAACACAAUAUCCCAACUGCAAGGUAUCAAAACUUUACCAACGUUGAAGAUGCCAAGAAACAUAUCGAACAAGUUGACUAUAAGAUUGUUUUGAAAGCAGAUGGAAUUGCCGCUGGAAAGGGAGUCUUGAUUCCCGAAACCAAGGAAGAGGCAUUAAAAGGAUUGAAUGAAAUUAUGGUGGAUAAAAAUUUUGGUGAUGCAGGUGAUGAAAUUGUUAUUGAAGAGUACCUUGAAGGUGACGAAUUGAGUAUCUUGACAAUUACUGAUGGUUACUCUUUUUACAAUUUACCCGCAGCCCAGGACCAUAAGAGGGUUGGCGAUGGCGAUAAGGGUUUGAACACUGGUGGAAUGGGUGCAUAUGCCCCAGCACCAAUUGCAACAAAGGAGAUUCUUGCAAAGAUCGACAAGGAGAUCAUCAAGCCAACAAUUGACGGUAUGAGACAAGAUGGGUUUCCAAUGACUGGUGUUUUGUUCACCGGUAUUAUGUUAACACCCACCAAAAAACCAAAAGUAUUGGAGUACAAUGUGAGGUUUGGUGAUCCAGAAACACAAACCGUAUUGCCAUUGCUUAGUGAUGAUACAGAUCUCGCUCAAGUGAUGCUCGCUGCUGCAGAGCAUAGAUUGGACUCGGUCAAGAUCAGCACCAAGCCAUUGUUUUCAACAACUGUUGUCAUGGCAGCAGGCGGGUACCCAGAAGCAUACAACAAAGGUGACGAAAUCGUUACUAAAGAGCCAUUACCGAAAGACACAUUUAUUUUCCACGCAGGUACCAGUGAAAAAGAUGGCAAGGUUGUUACUAGUGGUGGAAGAGUUAUUGCAUCUACCGCAAUUGCCGAAACCUUGAGAGAGUCUGUCGAUAAGGCUUAUGUUGGAGUUGACCAUGUCACAUUUAAUAACAAGUACAAUAGAAAAGAUAUUGCACACAGAGCGUUCCGUGAUGCAGACAAAUUUGUCAAGGACCAAACUCAAGGUGUUACUUAUGCCGAUGCAGGAGUUUCAGUAGACAACGGUAACUUGCUUGUUGAAACCAUCAAGGCCAAGGUCAAGUCUACUUCGAGAGCUGGUGCCGAUUCCGAUAUUGGUGGUUUUGGAGGAUUAUUUGAUUUGAAAGCCGCUGGAUAUGAUACGGCAGAAACUCUUUUGGUUGCUGCUACAGAUGGUGUAGGAACCAAAUUGAGAAUUGCACAAAUUAUGGAUAUCCACAAUACAGUGGGUAUCGACUUGGUUGCAAUGAAUGUCAAUGACUUGGUUGUACAAGGUGCCGAGCCAUUGAUCUUCCUUGACUAUUUUGCUACUGGUAAAUUGGAUAUUAAUAUCGCAGCUCAGUUUGUUGAAGGUGUUGCUGAUGGUUGUAUUCAAGCUGGUUGUGCAUUGGUUGGUGGUGAAACCUCGGAGAUGCCAGGAAUGUAUGACGAAGGUCACUAUGAUACCAAUGGUACCGCAGUGGGAGCUGUGAACAAGAAUAAGAUUUUGCCUAAAGUUCUGGAAAUGAAAGCAGGAAAUGUGCUCAUUGGGUUAAGAUCGGAUGGUAUCCAUUCCAAUGGGUUCUCGUUAGUGCGUAAAAUCAUUGAAAUAAGUGAUUACGAGUAUACUUCUACUGCACCAUGGAAUACUAGCAAGACCAUUGGUGAAGAAGUUUUGGUCCCAACAAAGAUUUACGUUAAACAGCUUUUGCCAAGUAUAGAACAGGAUUUGCUUCUUGGGUUGGCUCACAUCACUGGUGGUGGAUUGGUUGAAAACAUUCCAAGAGCGUUGCCCAAAAACUUGCAAGCCCAAGUCGAUAUCAGCAGGUGGGAGGUACCCGAGAUAUUCAAAUGGUUUGGCAAGCAAGGUAAAGUUCCUACAGAUGAUAUCUUGAAGACAUUCAAUUUGGGCAUCGGUAUGGUGUUGAUUGUUGCAAAGGAGAAUGUGGAUAAGGUGUUACAGAGCUUAAGCGAAGCUGGAGAGAAAGAUGCCUUGGUUAUUGGUGAGCUUGUAGAGAAGAAAAACAGCAGCGAUGAGGGAUGCAUUGUCAACAAUGCAGAGGGCUUGUACUAA